CCAAACAUUUGAUUUCUAUACUAUAUAUACAUAUGCAUAUCUCUCUGUUUCUUCAUCUUUAAUAUUGUUGUUAUAAAUCAAAACCUUUUAACGGAUUCAAGAAAAAUGAGUACAAAAGUUAAGGAGAUGCCGGUGGUAAGUAAGAUGUUCUGUUCAUCAAAUCAGGUUGUUCUAGUGGUUCGAUCAAGGCCUCAUGUUGUCGGUGGUGGUGGCUUUGUUGUCACAGAUUUGGUUAGCCAUGAGGUUGUGUUCAGGGUGGAUGGCUGUGGUGUUCUUGGCAAAAAGGACCAGAUGACUCUCACGGAUGCUUACCAAAACCCUUUACUUCUCAUCCGUCUAAAGGCAGGCAUAGUUGAAGCAUUGAGCCUCCAUCGACAAUGGGGGAGUUACACCCCAGCUUAUGUGGGAUCUCAUCAAAAGUUGCUUUUUACAUUGAAAGAUCCAAAAGGAUGCUUAGCAAACAACAGACCAGUUAGGGUUUCCAUUGAACAGAAGGAUCAAAGCAUCUACUGCAAGAAUUUUCAAGUAAAGGGAUACUUCCCCGACAGAGAAUGCAGCAUCGUCGAUUCAGGAGGCAACGACAUUGCUCAGGUAACGGUGGGCAAGGAGAUGAAGGAUGUGAUGGAAAAGAAGGAUGUAUAUCAUGUGGUAGUAAACGCAGGAAUCGAUCAAGCGUUUGUUGUGGGUGUGAUUGCGAUUCUUGAUUACAUUCAUAAUGGAUCGACAAGAUGCUAAGGUCGAUUCGUUGAUUAAAGCGAACGUAUGAAGACUUGAUUGCUUGCAUAUAAGAAAUUUCAAAUGUUUUGGUGCUGAUUAAUCGAAUACAAGUUACGUAAGAUUGAAGAAAAGAAUUUUGUAAAUGGUGU